AAGAAGCCAGUCUGUCACACAACACAGUCCCCUACUACUCCAUUCCCCUCUCUCUCUCUCUCUUUACUGACAUUUUCUCUCUCCUAUUACAUCUUUACCUGCAAAGUUUCAGAGACUAGAGCGACAACCUCAUCAGUGCACUCAGAGCGUGUACACAUACAUAUAUGUUUCACCUGUAUCUACACCCGCAGAGAGAGAAAGAAAAAAGAAAGAUCUUUGAGAUUUGCGAGCGAAGGAGAGAUCAUUACAUCUUACAAAGAAUCAUCUCAUGAUUCUCAUCAGCUCUGAAGGUUACUAUUUCAAAGGCGGCUAGGCUACUCAACAAUUUAAUAACCCCAUUCAAUUAUGCGUAGUGGGUUGGUCGUAUCAUAGCCCAAUUCCGUCAUCUUCGUCAUCAAUGUGAUUCGGAAAAGCAACCAAGAAGAAAAAAGUUCUUUUUUUUUUUUUUUUUUUGUAAUGUGGUGGUGGCUCGUGGGUCGAGGUUGUUGGGAAGAACAAGAUUAUGCCAUUGUCUUUAUUCUUGCUUCUUCUUCUUCUUGGGUUAGUGACUUGUUUGUUUCUGCUUGUAUUGGAGUCCUGAAUAUGCCUCUUCGCUGCUCAUGCUCUUCUUCCUAGGAGGAGAGAGAGAUAUAUAUACAAUAGUUAGUUUUGGGUGCUGCUGAAAGUGAAGCGGUAAAUCUUGGGCCAUAAUUUAGUGAGAGUUUGGUCGGUAAAUUUGGAAGAAAAUGAAGUUUAUGAAGCUGGGGUCAAAGCCUGAUGCAUUCCAAUCUGAUGGCAACUUCAUUAGGUACGUGUCAUCUGAAUUAGCAACAGACGUUACCAUUGUUGUCGGAGAAGUGAAAUUUUAUCUUCACAAGUUCCCUCUCUUGUCCAAGUCCAAUCGAUUGCAAAAGCUUCUGUCGAGAGAGAGCGAGCAGAGUUCUGACGAAAUUCAGCUGGUUGAUUUUCCCGGUGGACCGAAGACAUUUGAGAUAUGUGCCAAAUUCUGCUAUGGAAUUACGGUGACUCUUAAUCCCUACAACGUUGUUGCGGCUCGUUGUGCUGCGGAGUAUCUUGAGAUGACUGAAGAUGUUGACCGAAGUAACCUGAUUUUCAAAAUCGAGGUAUUCCUAACCUCGAGUGUCUUCCGGAGCUGGAAAGAUUCAAUUAUAGUUCUUCAAACCACAAAGUCUCUCCUACCGUGGUCCGAGGAUUUGAGGGUUGUAGGGCGAUGCAUAGAUUCUAUUGCAUCGAAGACCUCGGUGGAGCCCUCAAAUAUUUCCUGGUCAUACACUUACAACCGGAAGCUUGCAGUAUCAGACAACGUACCCGAAAUCCGGACAAAAUUCCCGGACAAAAUGGAUUCCGUGCCAAAGGAUUGGUGGGUUGAAGAUAUAUGUGAACUGGAAAUAGAUCUUUAUAAACGUGUCAUGAUUGCCGUGAAAUCAAAGGGAAGGAUGAAUGGGAGCGUAAUCGGUGAAGCGCUUAGAACUUAUGCAGUCCGAUGGUUGCCAGAUUCUGUUGGGGCCUCGGUAUCCGAAGCUCAUAGCAAGAGGAACAAGACUUUAGUAGAAACGUUAAUUUGCUUAUUGCCUUCGGAUAAGGGCGUUAGUUGUUCUUGUAACUUUCUUCUCAAAUUACUACGAGUUGCUAUUCUUGUCGAAGCCGAGGAUUCGUUAAGGGAAGAUCUCCUGAAAAGUAUAAGCUUGAAAUUGGACGAGGCAUCUGUCAAUGAACUGCUGAUCCCGGCUAGGUCUCCCCAAACCACUAUUUACGAUGUCGAACUGGUGAAGAGUCUCGUGAAUAGAUACGUGACACGUGAAAGGGGUAGCCUGGAUUCUAAUGCCUCCGAAAAGAGUAGGAAGGGCUCGGGUGAUUUUGUACUAGGGCGGGGAUCGUGGAUGAAUUUGAGCAAACUCAUUGACGGGUAUCUAGUAGAGGUAGCUCAUGAUCCAGGCCUUAGUCUCGCCACUUUCAUCGAACUCUUGCAAUCCAUUCCAGAAUCUGCAAGACCAAUUCACGAUGGCCUUUAUGGUGCCAUUGAUAUUUAUCUCAAGGAGCAUCCGAGCUUGACAAAAACCGAGAGAAAGAAGCUAUGCGGUUUCAUGGAUGUGCGGAAGCUGACAAUGGAUGCGUCGAUGCAUGCAGCACAAAACGAGCGGUUGCCACUAAGAACAGUAGUUCGGGUCUUAUAUUUUGAGCAAAUCAGGACUGCUGCUGGAGUUCAAGGCCUUAACAACAGCAGCUCCGACGAUGCAUUAGAUUCCGGGAGGGUUACUCAAGAAGACUGGGAGAAACCGUUACCAGUAACCCACCAAUCGGCGAGGAAACAAAUGAACCAGAUGAGCAUAGCAGAUAAAGAUCCGAAGAAGAACGUAAAGUUGGAGAAGAAAGCUAGCAAGAAUAGAGGUAGCGGGGCGCAGCUGCUACCAUCACGAUCCAGGAGAAUUUUCGACAAGCUAUGGGCUGUGGGUAAAGGGACUACUGGAAACGGGGAGAACAGAAGCUCAGAGACCUCGGGUAGUUCACAGAGUCCAACUUCUAUGGUUCAAGGAGAAACCAAGUCUUCGGGUUCAUCUUCGAGACGCAGGAGGCAUUCCAUUUCAUAGACAGUCAUAAUCCUCAAAAACUUUUUUAGUGUAAAAAGCACUAGGGAUGUAAUCCAAGUAAAUGUGGUUCUAGUAUUUUGGUUUAGACAUCUUCUAGAUGGGCUAUAAUCUUUAAUUCUUUACAGUGAUCAGAAGGGCUUUGCUGCAGAAGAAUGUGAUCUGGCAAUGGUUGCCUAUCCUAGCUCUAUUAUUGUAUCUUUAUCCCAAUGCCUAGUAAUGGUAAAAUCUACAGAUCUUUUGAAUUUUCUGAA